UUUUCGUUCGCCGGUUGUUUCUGUUUUCGGUUUAUUUGAUUUGAUUUUUGUAUGAAAUACGAUAUUAUUAUAACACUCUACGUACAUUCGCUGUGGCCGACCACAAAAAAGUAUAUUAUUAUUAUUACAUAAUAGACAAAUAUUAAAAACAUUGUUUGGCGCAAAUACGUAUAUAUAUAGAGGUAUAUUCGGUACAACGAGACGAAACGUCAUGGGACAAUUAUUAAUGUUCGAUUGACCGAAAAUUCCUCUCCACGUGCCUCCGUACGCAAAGCGCGUCGACCGGAUAUUAUAAUAAUCGCGCCUGUACGCUGCAGUGCGAUUUUGCGACGCACGCGAACUGUGCAGGGACACGCGCUCAGAGGCAUAAGUUUUCGGUUUUCGGAUCGCCGCCCGCCCGUCCGCAACGUCAUGGAAACGUGCGUGCUCAUACCGAAAGAACUGUCCUUGCAGGCGGUGCCAGUGGCCAACGUACAGCGGUCCAACAACAACAGACACCACGCGGAGCCCGAGAUCACCGUCAUGACUAACGUCAACGUGCCCAGAGGCACGCUCAUCUACCCGUUCCAGGGCACGGUGCGCAUGGACAAGCUGGACGUUUUCUCGUUCUUGGACGACACAGACAUAAGGCACAGAUUCGGUUGCUACGACCAGGUGACCGAGGUGAACAGACUCCGAGUGCGUUAUUGUAAUUGGGUCCGGUUUUUGAAAAUCACGCAGCACCAUUCCGAACAACAUGUCAACGUAUUGGGAACCAAAAUAAAAGGCGAACCCAUGUACGAAGUGAUCAAAAACAUACCUGCCAACACGGAGUUGAUCGUGCACUACCUGCCCGAGCGGCCGGAAGAGAUAUUCUUCAUGCCCGCCGUCCAAUACUUGAGAAACACGCUGUACAGACGUACGAUGGACACAAUUCUGGAAGAUUCACCGUUGGACCUAUCCAUGUCGUUACUGUCCCGGGCGUUCGGUACGUCUUCCGCGUCAUCGGCGUCCUCCCCGCCCAGCGGACUGGACACGGACGAACGCAAGUCGUUGUCCGGUGAAUCGUCUUCGGCCAACUCAUUGUCCGGGGACACAGCAUCGCUGGACCACAACGUGAACAUGAUCGUGACUCCGGUGAAACCGAGGCCGUUCCGCGGCGAGCGCACCCUGCUUCCGUGCGAGGUGUGCCGCAAAGCUUUCGACCGGCCGUCGUUGCUCAAGAGACACAUGCGCACCCACACCGGUGAAAAGCCACACGUGUGUGCAGUGUGCAACAAGGGUUUCUCUACGUCGAGCUCGUUGAAUACUCACCGGCGAAUCCACAGCGGCGAAAAACCACACCAGUGUGGCGUCUGCGGAAAACGGUUCACGGCCAGUUCUAAUCUCUACUACCACCGAAUGACUCACAUCAAGGAAAAACCGCACAAGUGCACACUGUGCGCCAAGUCGUUCCCGACACCAGGCGAUCUGAAAUCUCACAUGUACGUGCACAACGGAUCGUGGCCUUUCAAGUGUCACAUUUGUAACAGAGGAUUCAGCAAACACACGAAUUUGAAAAAUCACUUGUUCCUGCACACYGGAGACAAACCGCACGCUUGCGAACUGUGCCAAAAGAAAUUCGCCCUCGCCUGCAACCUGAGAGCACACAUGAAGACCCACGAGAGUGAAACCCAAGAGGAGUGCAACAAGUGCGGUAAGGUGUACAUGGCCCCGGAAACGGACAAGGGUCGCGGCGGCGCGUGUCCCGAGUGCUCUCCGGUGUCGCGUCUGCCGUCCACCGACGCCGCAUCAGUCGCCGCGGGGGUUUCGCCGCCGGAUGAGGAGCGGUCUUACGGAGGCGAUUCGGAGGACUGUUCGUCGAUCGGAUCCGCAGACGACUGCAGCAGCAGCAGGGGUGGCGUGUGAACGGCUGCUGCUGAUGGGUAGAUGGGGUGGGUGGGUGAUGGCGUGACGUGGGUGGCGGCGCGUCUCCAGACGGCUACCGCGGUCCGCCGCGCUCACCCUCAAGACACACGCGUUUGUGUAUUUUCGAUCAUUAAUUAAAG